AUGGAUACUACCACAGACGGCGCCAUCGCCUGGAUCAACUGGAAGCUCCGUACGACAGGCAGAACCCGCCAGGACUUGGAGAAUGAUUGGGCGAACAUGAACGGUAGAUCCGCCGGGGGAAGAGCCGCAGCUGCUUACCGCGUGAAUCGCGCAGCUGGGCUUGAAAGGACUGGCGUCCCUCUUGGUGGUGUUCCGGUCGCUGGUGGUCAAGGGGCGACCGGGGUCGCAGGUGCGAACGUCAUUCAAACUGGUGCAUUACCUGCUGCAAAUGCCCAAGCAAAUGCCCAAGGGACGGCCGUGGGUGCAGUUGCGAACGCUCUUCAAACUAAUGCACUACCGGCUGCGAACGCCCAAGCAGAUGCCCAGGCGAAUGCCCAAGCCAACGGACAAGCCAACCCACACCCAAUAGCAGAUGCGGCUCCUCAAGCAAGUGCAAAUGCAGCACCGUCGCCGGCCGCGCCUAGUUACUCGCCGAGUUCCCGUCCCAUUGUCCCUGCACCGGGUCCCGGUGACAAUGGAGACAACCGUGAAGCAGCUAAUCAACCAGCGCCCAAAACCACACUCAGACGCAAGUUCAAGGGCACGCCGAAGGCCGCUGCAGACCCAAACGAUAUGUUCAUUCGGGAGGACCGAGCAAGCGAAAAGCCUCGGGACACGCGAAAAGCAGCUAUUCCCACAGACAAGCUAGGAUGGCCAGACACGGUCCUCCUCGAGCCAGCUACAUGGGUGCCUACAUUCAUUGGCAAAGGUGGAAACGGCUCCGCGCACCUCUGGCGCAAGGUUGGCAGCGAUGAACUUGUGGUUGAUCGUGUCAUUUGCAAAACAGUCAUCAUGAAUCAUUACGAGUGGGCCAUGUGGCCAAACUGGUACGGCAACCCUAGGGAUCGUUCUCAAGCGAGGAAGAUCAUGGAGAUCAAAGUUAUGGAGCUUUUGAAGGGCAAGCCGGGUUCAGAUAAGGUCGUCAGGCUGCGAGCAAGCCAUGUCCAGACGAACGAAACCUGGUACAAGCUUUACAUGGACUAUUGUCCGUUCGGCGAUUUGGCUGAGGCCAUUUGUGAACCCGAAUAUGGCGACCCGGGACCACAUCAUCUGGUUCCUAUCCCCGAGCCAGCCCUAUGGUCAAUCCUCCACGAUCUGACCGAAGCAUUCCUGCUGCUCGAAUUCGGCGAUGCGGGGGCCACGUCACCCAUAGCGGGAUGGGAAGCAAUCGUUCACAGAGAUGUGAAGACAAGCAACGCCUUCAUCGACCGACAUGCACCAGAAAAUGACGACUGGAAAGCCUAUCCAACGAUCCGAGUCGGAGACUACGGCAACGCUGUGAUGACUGAUGCUGGUGGCCCAGGAAAUCCGAUGAGCUUUAAUAUUCGACACGGCACCAGAGGUUUCCGUGCCCCUGAGCAGGCAAGGAUGAUCCAUGUGGAGCAGUUGUACACGAUGAUUAGACCGGAUCCAAUGCAACUGACAUCAGCAACGAACGUUUGGGCGAGUACACCCGUUGGCCGCAGUGGCAUCGGCGCCUGCCUCAUCCGCCUCAUGAACCAGGAGUACGACACCAAACAGCCAGAAUUCAUAAAGCCGCAUCCAGUCCAUCUCAUCGUCAAUGUCGACAAGCGCCAGGAGUACUCCGCCGACCUGAUCAACCUCGUCGAAAGCUGCACCCGCUACUUCCCUGAAAAUCGCAUCAAACUUCUAGAGCUGAGGCAACAGAUUGAUUAUUUCACCACUCCCGGCGAUCCAAACGACAGGGCGUCAGGUAUGAGGAGCCAUGCUCCGGUGGGUCCUGAACACCGUUUUGCUUUCCAGCAUCAGGAAGACAUGUAUCAGCUUGGCAUGGCCAUGUCUGAGGACGAAGCGUCGUCAGACGACGAGAAUGGUCAAGAAGGCGGUCAAGAUGAUGGCCAAGACGAUGGCCAAGACGAUGGUCAAGACGAUGGUCAAGACGAUGGUGAAGAAGACGGUGAAGAAGAUGGUGAAGAAGAUGGUGAGGAAGAUUAA